CGGAGUACUACCCACAUCACUACAGAAGACUUUGAAAGCGGCUUUCCGGCAUCGCGCUGGUUAGUUAGUUCCGGAGUCACCGCCGAUACCACUUGCGGCCCAAUAGUGGAUGGCAAUGCAGCCCGCUUUGGGACUGGCACUAAGCGUGUCCUGGAGACGAACGAUAUGUACCUAUCGGCUGGCUCCAUUGCGUCCUGGUACUUCAUGAACGCCCCAACACCAUGCAGGCCACCCACGUCUAGCACCUAUCAGGUCUAUUUUGAAUACAGUGUGAAUGGUGGUCAGUCAUGGACGCGCAUCACAACCAUGUAUUACUAUUCAUAUCGCACGUCGGCGUCGCAGCUCAACUACGCCAUCCCAGCCGGCGCACAGGACAAGACGGCGAGAUUCCGCUGGCGCAACUCGGCCACCGGAACCGCGUACUCCGUGGCUCUCAUCGACAACGUGUACAUCGGCAACCCGGUCAAUGUGUCAACGUCGCCGCUCCUGGAGACGUUCGACACCACUGCAAGUGGCUUGAUAGCGUCAACGUCUCACGGCACACAGGCGACCUACUGCUCCAGCAGCGGCAAGACGUUGCUAAUGCAGCAGAGCACGGGCGUGAAGUACUACGCGACCUCUGCGCUCAGCCUCAAACCCGUCGCGCUGCCAUCGACUGGCGACUCCAUGGUUCAGUUUGAUCUGUACAUGGGCGUGUGCUCUAGCACACAGGUGACCACCACGCUGUCAUACAUGCGCAUUGGCAUCAGCACCCUCCCGUCCACGUCCCUAUCCACGCUGCGCGCCUUUGUUAGCCAAGACUACGGCAACUUCUGGCAUCGCGUGUCUGUCGUACUGCCCGGCGGAACGUAUGGCGGGAAGACCGUGUUUCUGUCGCUUUACCAGACGAACGGGGAUAGUACGACGGCGGGCAGACAAAUCUCCAUCGAUAACCUCUACGUCGGAGCUUCAUGUCCUAAGCAAUGUUCGGGCCAUGGCACCUGUCAGACCAGUGUCACGUGUAAAUGUGACACUGGUUACUCAGGAUUGGACUGCAGCAAUGUCACCACCACCACCAACCCGACCUACCUCAAGGAAACGUUUGACGGCGCAUCGCUCAGCUCGCUAUGGCAACCGCCCGUAGCCAUGACGGUCACCAGCUCCUUGUGCGGCAGUUCCAUUUCGUCCGGGGCCUACAUCGCCGCCACGCAGCGCUCGUACGUACGCAAGCUGGAAACCGUCGACAUGGACCUGUCGAACGCUGCGCCGUACGUGAACUUCCGCUACCUGAACGGGUACGGCUCGUUCAGCGGCCAGAGCUCGCAGUGCCGUAUCAUGUCCAGCUCUAGUUACCAAGUACGAGUGCAGUACUCAAUCGACGGCGGCAAUACCUGGUCGACGAUGACGAACCUUUACUACUACAACUACCGGUCUGCGACAGACGUCACCGUCAUUCUGCCCGUGGCUGGCCGUAGCAAGGCCACUCGCAUUCGCUGGUACCAGGGCUCCACAUCGCUGACAUCGGCCCUAUCAUUCUCUGCCACCUACCAAUCCUGGUCCGUGGACAACAUCGUCAUUGGCUCGCAAGCUGGUGCUGUGUCUGGCAACGGCACGGCCUUCUCGGAAACGUUCCAGUCGUUCACGGGAGGACAGUGGCGAAGCAUUGCCAACGGAGCGGCAAAGUCCUACUGUUCUAGUGCAAGCACGUCUCUCGUCUUCGACUCGUCAGGCGUGGCGAGCAGCCAGGGCGCACAGCGCUAUGCGGCCACUGAGAUCGUCCCAGUCCAGCUGCAGCCGGUCAUCACGCCAACGGAGAUGUUCAACACACUGCCCGCAGGCUGGCAGGUGACAGGCGGUGUGCUGAGCAAGUCCUGUGGUCUGAGUACGUCCGGCCUCAUCUUCAACGGACCGGGGCCACGUAACGUGGUGUCACGGUCGUAUGACACGCGUAGCACCACCACACUGCGAUUCCAGAUGACACAGGGCGGCAAUGGGUGUGAUGGUUCAGACACGUACGACGAGAGCGUCUCUGUGUUCUACAGCGUGUCGGGAGCUGUGCCUGUCCUUCUGCACACUUACCCCUACAACGCAUCAGCAGCUCUCACGGCACGCACCAUAUUCCAAACACUGCCAACUGCUGCAAGAGCCGCAUCCGUGCGCUUCACUUGGUAUCAGAAGUCGAACAGCGGCCCUAAUCUGGACUUGUGGGGUAUUGACAAUGUGUUGCUGGAGCAAAUCCUGAGCGGCACUACACAGUAUUUCAUGCAGUUUGAUUUCAUCAGCAGCUGCCCAAGCUCUACCGCUGUAUCCAGCACCACCAACUAUCCGAUUGUCGUGGAGUAUGCCAAUAUGACCGCAUUCAGCAGCUCUCCAGUGUGGAAGUCCGUGCAACCGGCAUGCAAUCAGCAAAGCCGUCCGGCGGGAUGUGUAGCAAAUCAGUACACGUCAGGUUCCACGUUCACUUCCAUAACGCACGGAUGGCGUCGGGUCACAAUGCCUCUCAGUCCGACUUACGCCGUGUCCAAGCGUAUGCAAUUCAGAUGGCGGCAGCAGAGCUUCAUCGCCACCACACCUACAUGGGCUAUUGACAAUGUGUAUAUUGGAGCCGAGUGUCCAGCCAUGUGCAUGGGUCAUGGUCGAUGCAUUGCCGCAAAGUGCCAAUGUGAUCCUGGCUUUGGUGGCAGCACAUGCACGCCUACUGCACAGCUACGAACCGAAUUGAAAGAAGCUUUCGACUCUGGAUUUGAUGCCAAGAAGUGGCUCUACUGGUCCGGAAACUCGUCCAUCAGCAGUGGACGCUGUGGCCCACUGCAAGGCAAGUACUCGCUGCUGUUCAGCAAUGCAGGCGUUCGCGAGGCUGUGACCGUCGACAUGGACACAAGUGACGCCGUCCACGUGGAGUUUGUACUGCGCAUGGGUCAGUACAGCGGCUCCACCUGCGACCGACCGGACAACUCUGGAGAAACUGUCGUCGUGCAGUAUUCCGACAAUGGUGGUGCAGUGUGGGUGAACCUUUGGACCACCACAUGCACAACGUGUUGGAACAAGGCGCCGACCGAGUCCAUCGUCACAGUACUGCCCAGUGCUGCCAAGACCAAGGCUACGCGCUUCAGGUGGUGGCAGCCGCAGAACGGCGGCACGGCACAGGACGAGUGGCGUGUGGGUAACAUCUUCAUCGGCGGCAAGUCCAGCAACGAGGUGUUGCUUUACGACACGUUUGAUCCUAGUGUAUCGGACGGCAACUGGCUCUUCCAUCCCAACGGCAUUCUGAAGACAGGCGAGUGCUACCGCAAUACCUCGCAGAAGAACUCGCUGGUCUUCUCGGAGAGCAACGGUGCGCGCCUGCUGUACACUCGCGACCUGAACGUAACCAAGGACACGUUCAUCCAGUUUGACUUCAUGACCAGCUGCCUGGGCCCGUUCGUUUCUCACUCGUUCGACAUUCGCCUGCAGUACAGCACCAAUCAUGGACAGACGUGGAUCGACGUUGGACCGGCGUGUACCUCUUCCUCCACUACAUCCUGUGUCACGGGACCUGUUCAGACGUCCUACCUUCUGGCGGGAGAGUUUGACAUCUGGAGAUCCGUCACCACCAACCUGCCCUCAGCAGCGGUCACGAAGUCAACCCGUUUCCGCUGGUAUCAAGCCCUGACCACCGGCAACACAUGGGCUAUUGACAAUGUGUUUGUUGGCUCGGGCUGUGCCAACUACUGCUCCGGCCAUGGCAAGUGUCAGCCGAGUUUGAGCAGCUCAUCCACGGGCACUACCUAUUGUGCAUGCGACGACGGCUACAGUGGAGCAGACUGUUCCAACUCAAACGUUCCAACGCCGACCACCUUCGCGGAGGAGUUUGACAACGACCCGAAAAAGGCCAAGUGGAGUCGCAUCAUCGGUUACACCCUGGGCGCUGGCUGCGGCACUCUCUCGCAGGGCUACGCGGCAAACUUCGACAAGGGCGGACUGCGCACCGCCGAGACACAGGAUAUCAACACGACAGCCAUCGAUGAAAUCCGGUUUUCAAUCGUGGUGGGCAGCACCAGUACGACCUCGACCACAUGCCGCAGAUCAAUAUACACUGGCAACAGUGUACUCUUCCAGUACAGCAACGACGCCAGCAUCACCUGGGUCACAAUGGCAACGUACUCGCAGAACACGUACACGGCGCGCACCGUUACCGUGGCGAUCCCGAGCGCGGCCAAGACGCCGCGCACGCGAGUUCGCUGGAUUCAGCCGUACAACCAGGGCGCCAACCUCAACCAGUGGGCCAUCGACGGCAUCUCAGUGCGAUCGGUGCCAUCGUUCAGUGGAUUCACGGAGGACUUCACCAGUUCGAGCAGCUAUGCAAACACGUUCUCAACGCCAGUGGCUGGAGUCGUGUCGGCAGCCGGCUACUGCAAUCGCAAGCCAGCCGUUUACUUUGCCCAGGGCAGAGCGAACAGCAUUCGAUCUGCCAGGUUAAAUCUAGGCAAGUAUAAGGGCUCCGCCACGCCUGCCGUCGUUCAAUUCUGGCUCAACAUGGGCUGCGGCGUUUCGUUCGGCACCUCGAUCAGCUACAACGUAAAGUUCUACUACCAGAUUGGCAACGGAGCCAGUAACUACGUUAUUCCGCAGUGCGGCUAUGCCUGCACAGGCAACAAGACCUACCAAUCGAGUAUGUAUUGGCAAGCGUUCCAGACGUGGCGUCGGGUAACAUUCAUCCUCCCCGACGCGGUGCUCGUCGACGGUGUCUAUCUGAGCUGGAACCAGUCUUCCGCUUCAACAUCGACAAAAUGGGCCAUGACGGACGUGUUCAUUGGCCAGUGCAAGGAUGCAUGCAGUGGACAUGGCAGCUGCACCUCUACUGGCUGCAAAUGUGACAGUGGCUACAGCGGGGCAACGUGCACGAUUGCCACCGGCAAUUCCAAGACGUUCUCGGACACGUUCAGCUCCACCACCAUCUCAACUACCCGGUGGCCCACCGUGGCUGGUGGUUACGUGGGGACGGCUUGCGCCACCAACUCUGGUGCCAGUCUGCUGUUCAGCGGAGGCUACAUUCGCUAUGCCAUCACUGAGGACUUGGACUUGACCACGGCCACGAGAUUCACGUUCUACGUACGUCUAGGAUCCACAUCCAGUUCAACGUGUGAGGAUCCUGAUCAGCCUGAAGAGAGCGUCAUAUUCUCCUUCUCUACCAACGGUGGUGUCACCUGGAACAACGUGCGUUCAUUCAAGGACGGCUCAUUCACUACCGGAACAUUAAUCACCGUUGCCCUGACGACUGCGAUGAAGAAGACGGCGGUGCGUUUCCGCUGGUGGCAGCCAGCAAACUCGGGACCGACGUUUGACCACUGGGCUAUUGACACCAUCACUAUAUUAUCACCUGUGCCGAACCCGACAUCUCUGGCGGAGACUUUCUCCUCGACUUCGACGUCAAGCUUCCAGAGGGUCACCGGUCGCUCGACGGCCACGACGUACUGCAGCCGCAGCGGCGUGUGGACAUUCAGUGGCACCACCACUCUCACCACCAUACGGCUGGACCUGGCAGCGGGCAGCAGCACGGUACCCACAACGCUUCAGUUCAUGUACGACCUGGAGUGCGGCGCGGCCACCACGUCCCUGCUGACACUGCAGGGCUACAAGCCGACCACCAAUCACAUUCCGCUGGUGCCUCUGUGCUGGAACGACAGGACAAAGUGUCCCAACCAGUACAUCUUCCCCACCACCUACAUGUACACGGGCGGCUGGCAGUGGGUGACCAUCGACCUCACCAAGCUAAGCUUUGGCACAAGCCAGGUGACGUUCACGUGGAGCCGCACAGGACGAUGGGCCAUCGAUAAUCUCUUUAUUGGACAAUGCACAAACGCAUGCAGCGGUCAUGGACAGUGUUUGUCGACGGGAGGCUGCAGCUGCUGGAACGGCUUCACUGGUGCGUCAUGCCAGAUUGCGCCCGCGCUCUCGACCAGCUUCACCGAGUCGUUCUCGAGCACAGUGGGCUCGAUCUUUGCGGAGAGCGUCGGCGGUCGCAUAGCGAGCGUCUGCGGUACCGUGUAUUCUGGCAGUUCGCUGGUUUUCACCGGAACGGGCACUCGCUAUGCUGUCACCACAGACCUGGACACUCGCCCGUCCACCACCUUGAGUUUCUACAUAGCCAUUGGAGGAUCGUGUGAAACGGCUGACGGUGGCCAAGAGGAUGUUGCACUGCAGUACACCAACAAUGGUGGAGUGGACUGGGUCAGCAUUCAGGGCGUUGCGACGGGUUCUAAAACCGCACGUGUGUCCAUCACCAUUCCCGCUGCCGCCAAGACGGCCGCCACACGCUUCCGCUGGAUCCAGGGAAGCAAUUCAGGCAGCGGUUUCGACGGCUGGGCCAUCGACCAGGUAGUGCUCGGUGCUAACAUCAAACUGCCGACCCAGCUUGUCGAGAAUUUUGAAGUGCCCAGCCAGAGUCGCCAGAACCUGCUCUUCUCCAGCACAGCAUACACCAUCACGGGCGGAGUGUGUGGCUCAAGGACGGGACAAUCUCUGAACUUUGUGAAUCAGGCUAACCAGUGGGUCACCACUAAAGACCUGGACACACGAACAGCCACCUACAUUCAGUUCUAUCUGAUGAUCAGCUGUGGAACGACAGUACAAGGUGCCAACAUCUCUCUGCAGUAUUCCACAGACCUCGGCGCUACGUACCAACGUGUCGUGGACGGCUGCAUUGUCGGCCAAGCGUCCUGCGUCGGCGGAUCAACCAACUACCAAUGGUCCUCCGACUACUUCCCUGGCGAGUUUAGCAACUGGAAACGUGUGUCUGUUCCGCUUCCGGCCAGCGUCAGGGCGAACGGUGUACGAUUCCGCUGGCAGCAGUCCGGUGCAACAUACAGCUGGUCCCUCGACAGCGUCUUUGUCGGCGUGUGCGCGGGCGGAUGCACAAACGGUGGCGCCUGCCAAGCCAACGGAACUUGCAAGUGUGACGUGUUUACUGUGAAUAGCAACACCACAGUGGUGAUGUCUGGCGCGGACUGCUCCAAGAGCAACUUCACGUUCCCAACUACAAUCCUGGAUACGUAUGAUUCUGAGGCCACCAGCGGAGCUAACUGGGUCUCGGCAUCGGGCUACACGUUUGGCACGCGAUGCGGUACUCUGUUCUCCGGUGGCAGCGCCUCCUUCGAUCAGGAUGGACCAGACCGGCGCGAGGCAACCAGCGUGGACAUUGACACGCGCACUGCGGAGAUCAUGACGUUCUUCUUCCGCAUCGGUGGCUCCGGCUCUUGUGACGGUGCUGAGGUCAACGAGGAUGUCCUCCUGCUCGCCUCGCUAGACUACGGCAUGACCUGGACGUACUGGAAGACCCUGGGUUACAACCAAUACCCGUACAAUCCCCUGGUCCCGUCUCAAGUUCAGUUUGCGAUACCAAUGAAGUACCGCACGGAUCACAUUCGCUUCCGCUUCUGGCAGACGCAGUUCACGGGCGCCAACUUCGAUGUUUGGGCAGUUGACAAUUUCUACAUCGGACCCGGCACGGCCCCGCUACCGACCUCCUUGGUAGAUAACUUCAACACGGGUGUGUCUACCGGCUGGCUGUGGUACCCCGGUGGUGUCCGCGGCUCGUCGUGCCCCGGGACGCAGGGCUCUGCGCUGGACUUUGCUGCCACGCUCGACGGUGCCUUCCACUUUGCGGAGACCGUGCCGAUGAACGUGAAUGCUAACGAUGUUGUCAUGUUUGAGUUGAGCAUCGGCUGUACAACGUCGUACAGCAGCACGGCCGGACUCAAUCUCCUGCCCGUACCGCUAACGAUGAGCACCAAUGCCAGCAACUACAACCUGGUGAACGGUCUGAACUGUCGCAGCAUCACGCCCUCGUCAGCGUGCCCGUACGAAUCACUCCCUUCCACUUACUACGGCUACGAUAAUGCCUUCAAGACGUUCCAGAGAAUUUCCUGGCAGUUCACUGCCGAUCAGAUGAACGUGCGUUUCCGUGUCGGUCCCACCGUGCUGGCAACCACCACACAGAUGCCACAGUUCUCCAUCGACAACGUCUACAUCGGCGCGCCGUGUCCCAACCACUGCUCCGGCCACGGCACGUGCACGGCGAGCCCGUCGCCCACGUGCGUGUGCGACAGCGGCUACUCCGGUACGGACUGCAACACGGCGGCUACCGCGCGACUGCAGCUGAUCAGCGACGACUUUGAGAGCGGAGCGCUGUCCGCAGCUACCUGGCAGCUGGUACAAGGCGGUAAGAUUGUCAGCGCUACAACGAGUGCAUCGUGCGGCGUCAUCUCCUCCGGAAACAAUCUCUACUUCAGUGGCGCCGGCCUGCGACAAGCAGUCACGGUGGACAUGGACACGACCGCGGUCGACUCCUCCAUUAUGUUCUACUUGCGUCAGGGUUCCAGUGGUCGACUGACAUCGUGUGAGACCAGUACCCUGACCAGUGAUUACCUGCUACUGCAGUACUCUAAGAAUGGUGGCACCACGUGGACUACACUCCGAGUGUUCACCAACGACUUCCUCACACCCAAGCAGUUCAACAUGACACUACCAUCCGGUGCCAAGUCUGUCAACACCCGCUUCCGCCUCUACCAAGUCGGAGUGCAACCCAAUGGUCAGAACCAGUGGGCAAUCGAUGCGGUGCGCAUCGGUCCGCCUAUGUCCCAGCUGACUCAGAUCUACGAUACGUUCGAUCCAAUCAACGGAAACUACUGGUCUAACUUGUACGGUGGAACGGUGGCUGGCUUCUGCUCUUCCACUGGUCGGGCUCUCACCUAUCUGCAACGCGAUCUUGGAACAGUGUUCACAACCAGUCAAGCCCGAACGGUGGUUGUGUCCCCUUCAUCACCGGCUGCUGUUCAGUUCAGUCUGGCAUUCAGUUGUACCCUUACGUCGUCCGAGCUAGCCUUGUACAACUCUGUGGGAAGUGCAGCAUUUGUCAAGCUGGAGUAUAGCAAUAACGGUGGAUUGACCUGGAAUAUGGUGUCGACAACAUGCAAACCGAAGAGUUACUCCUACGGUGUGCCGCAGUGUCCAUCUGGAAUCAUCAACGAGCCAUCAGCAUGGUUCUUCUUGCCCAACUCCGGCUGGAAACGCUUCUUUGUGAUGGUACCCAGUAACCAGAUCACCAGCAACACGAUGUUCAGAUGGCAGUCGGACCUGCUUCCCGCGCAGUCGUCGUUGACCAUCAAGCGACUCAACAUGAGAUACGCACUCGACAACGUGCUGAUCUCGGCCGCGUGUCCGUUCGCCUGCCGUGGACACGGGACAUGCCAGACCAAUGGCAAGUGUGUGUGUGACACUGGGUAUAACGGAACUGACUGUCAGCCGGCCGGCAAAUUGCCGGACGUGAUCAUUGAUGACUUUGAGGUGAGCGCCACCAGCAGUGCGUUGUGGAUGGAGACGAUGGGAGCCGUACGCACUACAGUUGGCUGCUCAACUGCUCCAACACCCGGCGUAUCCGGCUCACGUCUUCACUUCGGCAAGAUCGGACUCCGCCGCGCCACCACCAUCGACAUGGACACCACCUUUGCCACGCAGAUCACGUUCAGCUUUGUGCCGUCUGUGGGCCACUGCUCGCUGGCCAGCAAAUACAGUGCCGUGUUUGUUCUCUACUCUAGCAAUGGUGGACACUACUAUCAGUCUCUGAUGCAGAUCGAUAACAAUCUUGGAACGCAGACGUCAGGAAAUCUGAACAUCACUAUCAGCAUUCCAUCUGCAGCCAGAGGCAAUGCAGUACGCUUCAGGUGGUGGCAACCGGAUCACAACGACACUUAUGACGCCUUUGAGAUCGACAACGUCAACAUUGGCGGAGUCUGCAACACCGUGCCUUGCCUGAACGGAGGUACUUGCACGGAGAGCAGUUUGAACGCGUACACGUGUCAGUGUACGGCAGACUACAAGGGCAGCAGAUGUGAGCAGCACACCAACCCGUGUGCAACCAACCCUUGUCUCAACGGCGCUACCUGCAACAGAAACCAUGGCACAGCGUCAGCAUACUCUUGUUCGUGCACCGGCAACUUCACUGGCAGCCAAUGUCAGUACUUCAAGAAUGGCUGCACGCUGUCGCCGUGCAAGAACAACGCAACGUGUUUCGACUACAACAACCUGCCCACCAUCUUCACAUCGUCGUGCUUCGGCCGAUGCGGCCAGCCCAGCGUCGGCUCCAUCUGCAAGUGCGACGCUAGCUGCGAGCUGCUCGGCGGCUGCUGCACCAACUAUGCCAGUACGUGUAGCAAGCCGUUGCUCUCGAUGCAGUUCUCCUGCCAGUGUCAGGCCGGGUACACAGGGGUGCAAUGCGACACGCUGAUCGACAAUUGCCUGGCUGCGCCGUGCGGUGCCCAUGGCAACUGUACCAACGCCGUCAACUCAUACUCGUGCAGCUGCAGUGCGGGAUACACGGGCCGUGCCUGUCAGACGGAGAUCAACGAAUGCCAAUCGUCGCCGUGCCAGAACAACGCGACCUGUCAGGACGGCCUGAAUGGUUACACGUGUAAGUGUGUGACAGGCUGGAGUGGCACGCGAUGCCACACCAACGCCAACGACUGCCUGCUGCGGCAGUGCCUGAACGGCGCAACGUGCAUUGACGGCCUGGCAACGGUCACGUGCGUGUGUCCGGUGGGCUACACAGGUACCUACUGUCAGCUCGACGUCAACGAGUGUGCGUCCAGGUCGGGAGCGUCGUCGCAGCCGCCAUGUCAGAACGGCGCGCAGUGCGUCAACGUGUUUGGCAGCUUUCUCUGCAAGUGUCCGCCGGGUGUGACCGGCGAGCGGUGUCAGACUGCGCUGGACCUGUGCAGCACCGUCAACGGCUCGUACUGCCUGAACGGCGGCGUGUGCAUGCAGGCGGGCGCCACGGUGGCGUGCAACUGCACCGCGCAGUUCUACGGCUCGCGCUGCCAGUACCAGCGCAACUACUGCCAGACGGGGCCGUGCCUUGCCGGCGGUGUGUGCGUGUCUCUACCGACGUCCUACACGUGCAACUGUCCCGCGUGGCGUACCGGCUUGCGAUGUGAAACGGACCUGGACGAGUGUGUCUCGUCACCGUGCUUGAACAACGGCACGUGUAUCGACCGCCUCAACAACUACACCUGCAGCUGCCCGCCCACGUCCUAUGGCGACCGCUGCGAGAACACGAUCAACGUGUGCGCUAACCGACCGUGCUCUAACGGCGGCACGUGCUCCAUAUACAACGUGACGUCGUUCCAGUGCGCCUGUCCCGCGGAGUACACUGGUCUCGACUGCAGUCUGCCGGCCGAUCAGUGCCAGCCGAACCCAUGCGCCAACGGUGCCACGUGCUCGCGAGGACCGGGCGGAAUGGAUUACUCUUGCAACUGUGCCACCGGCUAUAACGGCACGCUCUGCGACGUCGUCAUCGACUACUGCGCCAAGCACGUGUGCUUGAACGGCGCCACGUGCACCAAUCACAUCGGCUUUGCCAAGUGCCAGUGUGCUCCUGGCUGGCAGGGUCUCAACUGUGAGUUGGACAUCAACGAUUGUCUGCCCAAUCCGUGCUACAACGGGGGAACGUGCAUCGACGGCAUCAACAACUUCACCUGCAACUGCACGAGUGCGUUCACCGGCAGCACCUGUCACACCGCCAUCGACCUGUGCGUGGUGGCACCGCCGUGCCAGAACGGUGGCACGUGUCUCUCGCUGAUCGGCGGUCGCUACCAGUGCCUGUGCACGGCCGAGUACGGCGGUUCGCAGUGCCAGACGCGACGCAGCCCGUGCCUGCGCUCCUCAUGCAGCCCGCACUCGAACUGCACGUGGGACGGCGUUAGCAACGGGUAUCAGUGCGCCUGUUUCCCAGACUAUACCGGUACCUACUGCACUAGCCAGAUCAACAACUGCAAGUUUGACAGCUGCUUGAACGGCGGCACGUGCAACGACGGCAUCAACUCCUUCUCCUGCCAAUGUCCGCUCGGCUACACGGGAAGCAGCUGCGAGACAAACGUGGACGAUUGCGUUGGAAACAACUGUACCAACGGCGCCACGUGCCUGGAUCUGAUUGCAGCACACAGCUGUCAAUGUGCCCCUGGUUACUCCGGCAACCGGUGCCAGACAAACAUCGAUGAUUGCGCCAACGUCACCUGCCUGAACCAGGGCACGUGCGUGGACGGCAUUGCGCGCUAUACGUGCACGUGCAUACACGGCUUCACCGGCCCCCAGUGCCAGCACAUCAUCGACCAGUGCACGCCGGCCAGCUGCCACAAUGGCGGUACGUGCAACCCCCAGCUCAACUCCUACACGUGCACGUGCGCGAGUGGCUACACGGGGGCAUCGUGCGAGACCAACGUCAACGAUUGUGUGCCCGGCGUGUGCGCCAAUGCUGGCACGUGUGUAGACGGACUCAACAGCUAUACGUGCCUGUGUGCUCCUGGCUUUACCGGCGUCAACUGCUCCACGAAUAUCGACGAUUGCGUCGCUAGCAACUGCAGCAACGGCGCGACGUGCGUCGAUGGCGUCAACACCUACUCUUGCUUCUGUGCAGCCGGGUUCACUGGCCAGCGCUGUGAGGUCAACAUCAACGAUUGUAUUGGCGUUGUGUGCCACAACGGCGGCCAGUGCUUCGAUCUCGUCAAUGACUACGUGUGCACUUGCUCUCUGGGAUUCACCGGUCGUCAUUGCCAGACCAACAUUGACGACUGUCUGACAGCGGUGUGCCGCAACGGUGGAUCGUGUGUCGACGGACUGGGCGCGUACACCUGCGCGUGUCCCACGGCGUUCACCGGCCGUCACUGCGAGACGCAGCAGGACUUCUGCCCGCUGAACAAGUGCCAGAACGGCGCCAGCUGCGUGACCUCCAAUACCAGCUACACAUGUACGUGUCCGCUGGGAUUCACGGGCACGUACUGCCAGAGUAAUAUUGACGAUUGCGUCGCCAACAACUGCCAGAACGGCGCAAGCUGCGUGGACGGCAUUGCCUCGUACUCCUGUCUAUGCUUCCCCGGUUACACCGGGCAGAUGUGUCAGACGAAUAUUGACGAUUGCCUCGGCAACAACUGCAUGAACAACGCCACGUGUGUGGAUGCGCUGCAGAGCUAUUCAUGCAUGUGUGUGGCUGGGUUCACCGGUACGCACUGCCAGACGAAUAUCAACGAUUGUGCCACCGCACCGUGUGCACAGGGAGCGACGUGCGUGGACGGCGUGGACCGCUACACAUGUGUGUGCCCGCUAGGGUUCACUGGCACCACGUGUCAGACGAACAUCGACGAUUGCGUCGGAAACACAUGCCAGAACAACGCAAGCUGCGUGGACGGCAUUGCCACGUACUCGUGUGCGUGUGUGGCCGGCUUUACGGGACAGCGAUGCCAGACCAACGUAGAUGAAUGCAGUGUGGAGCCAUGCGUGAAUGGUGGCACGUGUCAGGACGGCAUCAACACCUACUCGUGUGUGUGUUCGCCAGGGUAUACUGGUCCAACGUGUGCGGCCGUCAUCCACACUUGCACCAUCACCAGCUGCCUGAACGGGGCUACAUGCGUAGAGGCCACCGCUUCUUUCACGUGCCAAUGCGCCGCUGGUUGGACGGGAGCAUCGUGUGAGACGAACAUUGACAACUGUGUGAACUCCACGUGUCGCAACGGAGCCAGGUGUGUGGACGGACUUGGCAGUUACACCUGCGCUUGCCUGGCCGGAUUCACAGGCAAGAUGUGCGAGACGAAUAUCAACGAUUGUGUUGCUAACCAAUGUCAGAACAAUGCUAGCUGUGUGGACGGUGUGAAUACGUAUACCUGCAACUGUGUGGCGGGUUUCACCGGUCCAAUGUGUCAGACCAAUGUGGACGAUUGCGUGGCGCAUCCGUGUCGCAACUCUGGAACGUGCGUGGACGGCGUCAAUAUGUACACGUGCAACUGUGCAGCGGGCUACACUGGACCUAGGUGCGGCACGGUGGCACACACAUGCACGGCGAGUAGCUGCUUCAACGGCGCAACCUGCGUCAACGGUCUCAACACCUUCACCUGUCAGUGUGCCGCUGGUUUUACUGGUGCUGCGUGCCAGACCAACGUGAAUGAUUGCACAGCCACCAGCUGUAGCAAUGGUGCUACGUGCGUCGACGGCAUAAACUCUUUCACUUGCAAUUGCGCCGCCGGUUUCACUGGCACGACAUGUCAGACGAACAUCGAUGAUUGCCCGGGUAACCAAUGUCAGAACGGUGCAACAUGCAUGGACGCUGUCGACUCCUACACCUGUAGCUGUGUGGCGGGAUUCACUGGGCAAAUGUGUCAGAGCAAUAUUGAUGAUUGCGCUGCAUCACCGUGUAAGAAUGCUGGCAGCUGUGUGGAUGGUAUUAACAUGUAUACGUGCACAUGCGCAGCUGGAUUCACGGGAACCAUGUGUCAGACCAAUAUCAACGAUUGUGCCACCGCGCCGUGCCAGAACUCGGGUACAUGCCAGGACGGUGUGAACACAUACACGUGUGUGUGUGCGGCGGGAUUCACCGGGCCAAUGUGUCAGACAAAUAUCGACGACUGUGCCACUAACCCAUGCCAGAACUCGGCCACUUGUGUGGACGGAAUUGACGCGUACACGUGCUCAUGCGUGGCGGGUUUCACGGGACGCAUGUGUCAGACGAACGUAGACAAUUGCGUCGCAGCACCCUGUCAGAAUGGUGGAACUUGUAUGGACUUGGUCAACACCUAUAGCUGUGUCUGCGCAUCAGGCUAUACUGGGCCGAACUGCGAGAACGUGGCCAAUACGUGCACUGCAACGAGCUGCCGCAACGGUGGAACCUGCGUCGGUGGCCUCAACACCUUCACGUGUACAUGCGCCAGCGGAUUCACCGGCACGGCAUGCCAGACCAACGUGAAUGAUUGCACAGCCACCAGCUGUAGCAAUGGUGCUACGUGCAUCGACGGCAUAAACUCUUUCACUUGCAAUUGCGCCGCCGGUUUCACGGGCACGACAUGUCAGACGAAUAUCGACAAUUGCCCGGGUAACCAAUGUCAGAACGGUGCAACAUGCAUUGACGCUGUCGACUCCUACACCUGUAGCUGUGUGGCGGGAUUCACUGGGCAAAUGUGUCAGAGCAAUAUUGACGAUUGCGCUGCAUCACCGUGUAAGAAUGCUGGCAGCUGUGUGGAUGGUAUUAACACGUAUACGUGCACAUGCGCAGCUGGAUUCACGGGAACUAUGUGUCAGACCAAUAUCAACGAUUGUGCCACGGCGCCGUGUCAGAAUUCGGGUACAUGCCAGGACGGAAUCAACUCAUACACGUGUAUGUGUGCGGCGGGAUUCACGGGGCAGAACUGCCAGACAAACGUGGAUGAUUGCGCCGGCGUUACGUGCAGCAACGGUGGCUUGUGUGUCGACGGCAUCGACAUGUACACAUGCAACUGCGCACCUGGUUUCACGGGAGCAACUUGCCAGACAAACCCUGAUGAUUGCUCGGGAGUAACGUGCAUGAAUGGUGGCUCGUGUGUGGAUGGCUUGAACGCUUACACUUGCAGCUGCGCGCCUGGUUUCACCGGGAAAAUGUGCGAGACGAAUAUCGACGAUUGUGCCGCGGCUACGUGCUGGAACGACGGAUCGUGUGUGGAUGGUUUGAACACCUACACGUGUAGUUGUGUGCUCGGUUUCACGGGUAAGAACUGCGAGACGAAUAUCAACGACUGUGCUGGCGUGACCUGUUUGAACGGUGGCUCCUGUCUCGACGGCGUGAACUCACACACGUGCACAUGUGUGGCUGGCUUCACCGACGCACAGUGCCAGACCAACAUCAAUAACUGUGUCACGGGUGCGUGCAUGAACGGUGGCACUUGCGUCGACGGCAUAACUGUCUACAGCUGUACCUGCCCGAGCGGAUUCACCGGCACUCGUUGCGAAACCAACGUCGACGAUUGUGUGGGUGUGAGCUGCCAGAAUGGAGGAUCGUGUGUGGAUGGUGUAAAUAGUUAUAAUUGCAGCUGUGCUGCCGGAUUCACUGGGAAAAUGUGCCAGACGAAUAUUGACGAUUGCGCGGGCGUUACCUGCCAGAACGGCGGUGUGUGUGUGGACGGUAUCAGUGCGUUCACGUGCAGCUGUGCCGCGGGAUUCACGGGGCGGACGUGUCAGUCGAACGUGGACGAUUGCGCCGGAGCUCCGUGCCUGAACGCCGGCACGUGUGUGGACGGCGUGGACACAUACACUUGCACAUGCCCGAUGGGAUUCAGCGGGCGGUGGUGUCAGACAAAUAUCGACGAUUGUGUCGGAACGCCGUGCCAGAACGGACAGUGCGUGGACGGCGUGAACGACUUCACGUGCAUGUGCAACGCGGGCUUCACGGGCAGAACAUGUCAGACGUCGAUCAACCACUGCCAGGGACACAAGUGCAUGAACUUUGCGCCGUGCGUCAACGCACAGACGGGAUACACGUGUUCAUGCACCACGGGUUUCACCGGUCACCUCUGCCAGUCGCGUGUGGACUACUGCGCCGCGGGACCGUGCGCUAACGGAGCCACGUGCGUGAGCUCACACACUGGGUACACGUGCCAGUGUGCGACAGGUUUCACAGGGGCCCAGUGCCAGGUGGACAUAUUCUGUUCCCCCAAGCCGUGCCGCAACGGGGGCACGUGCACAAACGGACGCUGCGCGUGCGCCACGGGCUGGACGGGCGCCACGUGCACGAGCGCGAGCGGCUCGGCCACGUGCGCCACUCUGUGCUGCGCCAACGGUGGCACGUGUCACGAGACGGUCAACGGUAACUUGUGCACGUGCACGCCUGGUUGGGGUGGUGUGCGCUGUGUCCAGGCUACCUGUGACAAUCAGGACUGCCAUCGCCGUGGACAGUGCUACCUCACUGCUAGCAAUCUCACCGCCGCUUGCAAGUGCGAGACGGGAUACGCCGGAUCAACGUGCCAGAAUAUAGUACCUGUUGUGACAGCUGCCACUGCCGGCCCGUGUGCAGCAGUUGACUGCGGUGGCAAUGGUCGAUGUGCUGAUGGAGUGUGCGUGUGCAACGCCGGCUGGUCCGGUGCCAAGUGCGCUAACCCCAUCGGGGCCACGUGCGCCACGCUACGGUGCGCUAACACCGCCACUUGUCACGAGACCACGCAGGGAUUUGUGUGCCAGUGUGCUCCCGGCUGGACGGGUACGCGCUGCAUCGUGGGGACGUGUGCCAAUCAAGACUGCAAUGGCCGGGGACGAUGUACUCUCCUGGAGGGAAACACCUCUUCAAAAUGCGUUUGCAACGAAGGAUAUUCCGGUGACUCCUGCCAGAUAUCGGGUGAAGGCGGCAAUGCUGAAGGCAACACCGGCAGCAGCUCCUCCGUACCGAUAUGGGUCAUCAUCGUGGCUGUCGUCGGCGGCAUUCUUGUUCUCGUCAUCAUCAUCGCCGUGGUGAUACUGCGCUCGCGCCGACAUAAGGUCUAUAUCGUUCCCAAUAGCGACAGUACCUCUCAGAUGCACUACACUAACCCACUGUACGACACCUACCAGCGCGGCGAGAAUCUCGAGCAGGCGCUGUCCGACAAGCGUGCGGCCGCCGCGGGUACUGGCCCCAGUGCUGCUGCUGCUCAAGGCAAGCUUGGCGUGAUGGACAUGGACGGUGAGGAGGGCUACGAGCAGAUGGGACCAAGUGACCCCACCGACAUUGGCUAUGAGGACAUGGACGGCACCGAAGGCCUCAUCAACUAAGACCUGCCUGUGUCCAGCUGCUGCUCCGGCUGCUGCAGCUUCCUUGCUUCGCUGCUAUGAUUUUAGCGUCGCUGCUGCUGCUGCUGCUGCUGCUGCUACUGCUGCUGCUAACGCGCUCCAACUUACCUGUCGGCUUCAUCAUACCCGUCGUUUUCCUCUUCUCAUGUAGCCACACAAUGUCAUGUUUUGCACUGCACAACGUCUGGUCAGCCGACAGCCGACAGCCCAGUGUCUGCGUUUAUAUUCAUGUUCUCCCUCCUCAUCAUUAUCACUCCAUUUUGUUAGUUUUAAAAGCACUGCAUGUUUAGUCAUCAAGUACGCGCAAGCUCCGGUCAAUCUUACUUUCCGUAUAGUUGCUAAUCCUGCUUGUUUUCGCAUUGUUUAGUUCACUAAUUGCGUAUUGGGUUUUUUAUGUCGGUCUUUUGCAUCCGUGCGCUCAUUUAGGAAGGUGAAAGCUGGCCCGGAAAAGGGCUAAGAUAGCUGCUCUGUCUAGAUUUCAGGUCUGCUGCCGCAGUCGCUCUUCUUGAAGAGUAAUGCAACUGUCUGUGUGCGCGCGUAUGUAUGUGCGCGUUUCCGUUUGUGUCUGUGUGUUUGCUGGCUCAAAUACACGCCGUCGAUUUUUUUCAUUUUAAAAUUCCUGUUCCUGUCGUUCUGCCAUUCCAUGAUAUUACUUGUGUUAUUGUUAUCUGCCUCACUAUUGGCUAGACCGGCUUUACUCUGAGAACAAUAAUAUCUGUUCAAACCAUGA